AUUUUGUUUACAUUUUAAACUCCAGCACCAGCGCUACCAUACCUGUACCAGCAACAGACCUCGAUCCAGUGACCUGUCAGUAAAAUGACUACCAAGGAAGACAUCAGAUUUCCAAAGACGAGCUUGAACAUGUUCUUUCACUGAAAACCACUUUUACAGAAGCGGCAUCUAUUCUUUCAAUCUCGAGGCCAACUUUCUAUGAGUUACUGCAAGACUAUAAUUUGGCAGUAGACAACAUUUAAGAGCAUCAGUGAUUAACAGUUGGAUCUUAAAUUAUCUCAAAUAAAAACUGAACACCCAAAUGUUGGAGAAGUUAUGCUUAUGGGGCAUCUCCGCUCCAAAAGCAUUGUGGUUCAAAGACAACGUGUAAGAGAUUCACUACAAAGGAUGGACCCAAUUGGUGUCCUAGCCAGGAGAAGAACAGCUGUAGCUCGCCGAGUGUACUCUGUCCAAUAUCCAAAUUUCAUAUGGCAUAUAGACGGAAAUCAUAAGUUGAUUAGGUGGAAAUUGGUUGUUCAUGGUGCCAUAGACGGCUACAGUAGGAUGUUGAUGUUUCUUCAAUGCUCCAACAAUAAUCGUGCUGAAACUGUAAGAGACCUUUUUACUGCAGCUGUUGGACAGUAUGGCAGACCACUGCACAUCAGGACUGAUCACGGAGGAGAGAACAUUCAGAUUUUGGGGGACAUGCAUUCGAGCAGGGGGGAAGGCUCUGUCUUAACAGGAAGUUCUGUACACAACCAGAGGAUUGAGCGUUUAAACCGAGACUUGAACAAAAACUGCAGCCAAGUUCAUGCACCCAUUUUCUAUGAACUGGAAUCCCUGGGUAUCCUAGACAUAGACAAUGCAACAGACCUAUUUUUUCUCCAUUAUGUCUUUCUAACCAAAAUCAACCGCACUUUGGAGGAAUACAAAGCUGGAUUUAACAAUCACUCAGUGUCAUCUGAAGGAAAUAGAACACCUGUUCAGCUUUUUACUCUGGACAAUGAUUUGCCUCACCUUCACAACCCAGAACUCUCAACAGCAGGGGUAGUUUUUUGUUCCUUACCUAACUCUCAAAGAGGAUUUUCCCCAUUGAAUGACUUGGAUUUGCCAGAACUGAAUGAGACCAUUAAACCUCUUCAAAAGGACAAUAACAAUGGCAAAACAUUGUUUCAGAGAACACAACAGUUUAUUUUUGAUAAACUUGUGUGUGAUCUUAGCAUAACAUGGACAAUUGGGUAACAUUAUCCUUAUUGUAGUUUCAGAAACCACAUGGAAACCA